CUCCUCCACCAACUACACCAAACCUCCAACACCGGGAUCACUACAUCAGCACCAGGAACAACUACUCCCAAACCCUCAACCCCCAGCUUCCUACACCAAAACCACCAACCACAAAACCACCAGUGACGUGCCCUCCCAAUGCUGAGUAUAUAGAGUGUGGCCCUGCCUGCAUCCCCAGCUGUAAGGAACCCUCCACCAACUGCACUGGCUCCUGUAUCAGCGCGUGUUUCUGUAAGCCAGGCUUUGUGUUCAAAGGCAGACGCUGUGUCCCCAUAGAAACAUGUGGCUGUCUGGAGGGAGGUGACUACUAUGAGGUACGAGACCAUCUGGGAUUCCAGGAGAGAUCAUCUUUGGUGACGGCUGCUCCAAGCUGUGGUCGUUGUGCUGGAAACUACAUCUUGGACUGUGUGGACAACUCCUGCUCUCCCACAGAGGAGUGUCGCAACGGAGCCUGCUAUCCUAAAGACACCUCUACCUGUAUCGCGUCUGGUGACCCUCACUACACCACCUUCGACAAGAAGAAGUACAACUUCAUGGGGAACUGCAGCUACCUGAUGUCAGAGCCCUGUAACCACACGUCAGUGCCUCACUACGAGGUGCAUGCUGACAACGAGAACCGCUUCAACAAACCAACCAUCUCCUACCUGAAGGCUGUGCAUGUGUACGUGCGUGGGGUGAAGAUCUCCAUCUUGAAGGGAGGCACCGUGCAGUUGGAUGGUAUCAAUGUGAACAUCCCACUGACCCCAGCUACAGGCGUGUCUGUUUUGAAGUCUGGUAAACACUACACUGUAGCCAUGGUUGGUGUGACCGUACGAUAUGACGGAAACCACUAUGACAUCAAGGUCAUCAAGGACUAUAAGGACAAGCUGUGUGGACUGUGUGGAGACUACAACGGAAACUCCAACGAUGACUUCAGGAAACCCGACGGUUCUCUGACCACCAACCCCAAUGACUUUGGACACAGCUGGGUCACAGAUCCCAAUUGUAACAAGAAGCCCAACACCACCAUCCCAGGCUGUACUGAUGAUGAACUGGACAGGUAUGAGAGCUCUGGCUACUGCGGCAUGCUACUGGACAAGAACGGACCGUUCGCUGUCUGUCACCCCAAGGUCAACCCCAAUAGUUUCUUCAAGGACUGUCUGUUUGACCUGUGCGAGCUGGAUGUUGCUCAACCCAUCCUGUGUGAGUCCAUCGAGUCGUACGUCAACGACUGUCAGGACCGAGGAGUCACCAUCGGAACCUGGAGGAACAGCACCUUCUGCCCUCUGACAUGCCCCCCCAACAGUCAGUACGUGCCCUGUGCCGCCCCUUGCCAGCCCACCUGUGCCUCCAGACCCUCCACAGGGUGUGAUGCUCCCUGUUCAGAGGGCUGUGUGUGUGACCCUGGUUACGUCCUCAGCGCUGGGAUGUGUGUCAAAGAGAACUCCUGUGGCUGCAAAGGCACCAACGGACAGUACUACGAGCCUGGUGAGGAGUGGUACCUGGAGGACUGUAAGCUGAAAUGUUAUUGUAAUGCUCCCUUCGUCACCUGCAAUCCCUCUGAUUGCCCUCCAAUGCACGAGUGUAAGGUCCAGGGAGGAGAGCUGGACUGCUACCCUACAAUCAAACCAACUACUGCCAUACCAACUACACCUAAACCAACUACUCCCAAACCUACUACCACAAAACCACCAGUGACGUGCCCUCCCAAUGCUGAGUAUAUAGAGUGUGGCCCUGCCUGCAUCCCCAGCUGUAAGGAACCCUCCACCAACUGCACUGGCUCCUGUAUCAGCGCGUGUUUCUGUAAGCCAGGCUUUGUGUUCAAAGGCAGACGCUGUGUCCCCAUAGAAACAUGUGGCUGUCUGGAGGGAGGUGACUACUAUGAGCCAGGAGAGAUCAUCUUUGGUGACGGCUGCUCCAAGCUGUGUCGUUGUGCUGGAAACUACAUCUUGGACUGUGUGGACAACUCCUGCUCUCCCACAGAGGAGUGUCGCAACGGAGCCUGCUAUCCUAAAGACACCUCUACCUGUAUCGCGUCUGGUGACCCUCACUACACCACCUUCGACAAGAAGAAGUACAACUUCAUGGGGAACUGCAGCUACCUGAUGUCAGAGCCCUGUAACCACACGUCAGUGCCUCACUACGAGGUGCAUGCUGACAACGAGAACCGCUUCAACAAACCAACCAUCUCCUACCUGAAGGCUGUGCAUGUGUACGUGCGUGGGGUGAAGAUCUCCAUCUUGAAGGGAGGCACCGUGCAGUUGGAUGGUAUCAAUGUGAACAUCCCACUGACCCCAGCUACAGGCGUGUCUGUUUUGAAGUCUGGUAAACACUACACUGUAGCCAUGGACUUUGGUGUGACCGUACGAUAUGACGGAAACCACUAUAUGGACAUCAAGGUCAUCAAGGACUAUAAGGACAAGCUGUGUGGACUGUGUGGAGACUACAACGGAAACUCCAACGAUGACUUCAGGAAACCCGACGGUUCUCUGACCACCAACCCCAAUGACUUUGGACACAGCUGGGUCACAGAUCCCAAUUGUAACAAGAAGCCCAACACCACCAUCCCAGGCUGUACUGAUGAUGAACUGGACAGGUAUGAGAGCUCUGGCUACUGCGGCAUGCUACUGGACAAGAACGGACCGUUCGCUGUCUGUCACCCCAAGGUCAACCCCAAUAGUUUCUUCAAGGACUGUCUGUUUGACCUGUGCGAGCUGGAUGGUGCUCAACCCAUCCUGUGUGAGUCCAUCGAGUCGUACGUCAACGACUGUCAGGACCGAGGAGUCACCAUCGGAACCUGGAGGAACAGCACCUUCUGCCCUCUGACAUGCCCCCCCAACAGUCAGUACGUGCCCUGUGCCGCCCCUUGCCAGCCCACCUGUGCAUCCAGACCCUCCACAGGGUGUGAUGCUCCCUGUUCAGAGGGCUGUGUGUGUGACCCUGGUUACGUCCUCAGCGCUGGGAAGUGUGUCAAAGAGAACUCCUGUGGCUGCAAAGGCACCAACGGACAGUACUACGAGCCUGGUGAGGAGUGGUACCUGGAGGACUGUAAGCUGAAAUGUUAUUGUAACGCUCCCUUCGUCACCUGCAAUCCCUCUGAUUGCCCUCCAAUGCACGAGUGUAAGGUCCAGGGAGGAGAGCUGGACUGCUACCCUACAAUCAAACCAACUACUCCCAUACCAACUACACCUAAACCAACUACUCCCAAACCUACUACCACAAAACCACCAGUGACGUGCCCUCCCAAUGCUGAGUAUAUAGAGUGUGGCCCUGCAUGCAUCCCCAGCUGUAAGGAACCCUCCACCAACUGCACUGGCUCCUGUAUCAGCGCGUGUUUCUGUAAGCCAGGCUUUGUGUUCAAAGGCAGACGCUGUGUCCCCAUAGAAACAUGUGGCUGUCUGGAGGGAGGUGACUACUAUGAGCCAGGAGAGAUCAUCUUUGGUGACGGCUGCUCCAAGCUGUGUCGUUGUGCUGGAAACUACAUCUUGGACUGUGUGGACAACUCCUGCUCUCCCACAGAGGAGUGUCGCAACGGAGCCUGCUACCCUAAAGACACCUCUACCUGUAUCGCGUCUGGUGACCCUCACUACACCACCUUCGACAAGAAGAAGUACAACUUCAUGGGGAACUGCAGCUACCUGAUGUCAGAGCCCUGUAACCACACGUCAGUGCCUCACUACGAGGUGCAUGCUGACAACGAGAACCGCUUCAACAAACCAACCAUCUCCUACCUGAAGGCUGUGCAUGUGUACGUGCGUGGGGUGAAGAUCUCCAUCUUGAAGGGAGGCACCGUGCAGUUGGAUGGUAUCAAUGUGAACAUCCCACUGACCCCAGCUACAGGCGUGUCUGUUUUGAAGUCUGGUAAACACUACACUGUAGCCAUGGACUUUGGUGUGACCGUACGAUAUGACGGAAACCACUAUAUGGACAUCAAGGUCAUCAAGGACUAUAAGGACAAGCUGUGUGGACUGUGUGGAGACUACAACGGAAACUCCAACGAUGACUUCAGGAAACCCGACGGUUCUCUGACCACCAACCCCAAUGACUUUGGACACAGCUGGGUCACAGAUCCCAAUUGUAACAAGAAGCCCAACACCACCAUCCCAGGCUGUACUGAUGAUGAACUGGACAGGUAUGAGAGCUCUGGCUACUGCGGCAUGCUACUGGACAAGAACGGACCGUUCGCUGUCUGUCACCCCAAGGUCAACCCCAAUAGUUUCUUCAAGGACUGUCUGUUUGACCUGUGCGAGCUGGAUGGUGCUCAACCCAUCCUGUGUGAGUCCAUCGAGUCGUACGUCAACGACUGUCAGGACCGAGGAGUCACCAUCGGAACCUGGAGGAACAGCACCUUCUGCCCUCUGACAUGCCCCCCCAACAGUCAGUACGUGCCCUGUGCCGCCCCUUGCCAGCCCACCUGUGCCUCCAGACCCUCCACAGGGUGUGAUGCUCCCUGUUCAGAGGGCUGUGUGUGUGACCCUGGUUACGUCCUCAGCGCUGGGAAGUGUGUCAAAGAGAACUCCUGUGGCUGCAAAGGCACCAACGGACAGUACUACGAGCCUGGUGAGGAGUGGUACCUGGAGGACUGUAAGCUGAAAUGUUAUUGUAACGCUCCCUUCGUCACCUGCAAUCCCUCUGAUUGCCCUCCAAUGCACGAGUGUAAGGUCCAGGGAGGAGAGCUGGACUGCUACCCUACAAUCAAACCAACUACUGCCAUACCAACUACACCUAAACCAACUACUCCCAAACCUACUACCACAAAACCACCAGUGACGUGCCCUCCCAAUGCUGAGUAUAUAGAGUGUGGCCCUGCCUGCAUCCCCAGCUGUAAGGAACCCUCCACCAACUGCACUGGCUCCUGUAUCAGCGCGUGUUUCUGUAAGCCAGGCUUUGUGUUCAAAGGCAGACGCUGUGUCCCCAUAGAAACAUGUGGCUGUCUGGAGGGAGGUGACUACUAUGAGCCAGGAGAGAUCAUCUUUGGUGACGGCUGCUCCAAGCUGUGUCGUUGUGCUGGAAACUACAUCUUGGACUGUGUGGACAACUCCUGCUCUCCCACAGAGGAGUGUCGCAACGGAGCCUGCUAUCCUAAAGACACCUCUACCUGUAUCGCGUCUGGUGACCCUCACUACACCACCUUCGACAAGAAGAAGUACAACUUCAUGGGGAACUGCAGCUACCUGAUGUCAGAGCCCUGUAACCACAUGUCAGUGCCUCACUACGAGGUGCAUGCUGACAACGAGAACCGCUUCAACAAACCAACCAUCUCCUACCUGAAGGCUGUGCAUGUGUACGUGCGUGGGGUGAAGAUCUCCAUCUUGAAGGGAGGCACCGUGCAGUUGGAUGGUAUCAAUGUGAACAUCCCACUGACCCCAGCUACAGGCGUGUCUGUUUUGAAGUCUGGUAAACACUACACUGUAGCCAUGGACUUUGGUGUGACUGUACGAUAUGACGGAACCCACUAUAUGGACAUCAAGGUCAUCAAGGACUAUAAGGACAAGCUGUGUGGACUGUGUGGAGACUACAACGGAAACUCCAACGAUGACUUCAGGAAACCCGACGGUUCUCUGACCACCAACCCCAAUGACUUUGGACACAGCUGUGUUUGUAACAAGAAGCCCAACACCACCAUCCCAGGCUGUACUGAUGAUGAACUGGACAGGUAUGAGAGCUCUGGCUACUGCGGCAUGCUACUGGACAGAACGGACCGUUCGCUGUCUUGUCACCCCAAGAGUUUCUUCAAGGACUGUCUGUUUGACCUGUGCGAGCUGGAUGGUGCUCAACCCAUCCUGUGUGAGUCCAUCGAGUCGUACGUCAACGACUGUCAGGACCGAGGAGUCACCAUCGGAACCUGGAGGAACAGCACCUUCUGCCCCACCUGUGCCUCCAGACCCUCCACAGGGUGUGAUGCUCCCUGUUCAGAGGGCUGUGUGUGUGACCAUGGUUACGUCCUCAGCGCUGGGAAGUGUGUCAAAGAGAACUCCUGUGGCUGCAAAGGCACCAACGGACAGUACUACGAGCCUGGUGAGGAGUGGUACCUGGAGGACU